UGUCAACUAAACCCAUUUAUCAAAUGGCCCAAGCCCAAAUGAGUUCGGAUCCAAUUUUAAUUUUCAUUUAGAGAGAAUUUUGCAUGUUAAUUUAACAAUUGUUGCCAAGAACCGAAGCACAACGAUGAAAAGAACUACACGCAAGAGCAGUUCAUCUCACCAUCGUCAUGGCGCUUCCAUUGACACCAUUGAAUUGCUUAGUAGAUUCUCUUUGCCAUUCGAGAAAACUAGGAGAAGCCGUAAGGCUUAUUGCAUCCCGCACAUUGGAGCCAGAACAGUAUUCUGUUUACUCAAAGAUUCUCCGGCUUUGCACCGACUUAAACUCGAGAAAAUGCGGUCAACUGGUUCAUUUUCGGUUAAUUGCGGUUGGUUUUCCUACAAACACAUGUUUGAACACCAGAUUGAUCAUGUUUUACUCCAAAUGUGGCGAAAUGAAAACCGCGCGCAAGGUAUUCGAUAAAAUGUCGGAGAGAAGUGUUGUCACUUGGACUGCUUUGAUAUCUGGUUAUUCUCAGAAUGCGGACUAUGAAGAAGCUUUGAGGGCAUUUUCGGCCAUGCACGGUGAAGGCGCGAGAGCUAACCAGUUCACCUAUGGGAGUGCGUUGCGUGCGUGCACGCGUUUGUUGUGCUUGGAGCUUGGGAAGCAGAUACAGGGGUGUUUGCAGAAGGGUCGAUUUGUGGAUAACUUAUUCAUCCAGAGUGCAUUGGUUGAUCUGCACUCAAAGUGUGGGAAAAUGGAGGAUGCUCGUUGCGUUUUUGACUCCAUGGAGACAAGGGACUUGGUGUGCUGGAAUGCAAUGAUUGGAGGAUAUGCUGCUCAGGGGCUGAGCGACGAUGCAAUUUUAGUCUUCCGUUCGAUGCUCGGAGAAGGCAUACUUCCUGACAGCUUCAGCUUUGGAAGCAUUCUGAGAGCCGUUGCUGGAAAAAACGGGCUCGUGAAAGUCGAUACUAUUCAUGGAUAUAUUCUGCGAUAUGGUUUUGGAUCCCACAUUUUUUUAACUGGAUCAUUAAUCGACGCCUACGUAAAAUGUGGAAGCUUGGACAGUGCAAACGAGGUAUACAACAACACCCAGAACAAAGACGUAGUAUCGAUCACUGCACUGAUCUCAGGGUAUGCUUGUGAAGAUACAAACCACUCUAAAGCCCUUCAACUCUUCAACGAAGCACAAAAGAAUAUGGCAAUCGAUGGCAUGUUACUGUGUUCCAUGUUAAACAUAUGUGCCAAAACAUCGUCGUUGAAUCUUGGGAAACAAUUACAUGCUAACGCGGUUAAAUACCAAAACCAGCACGAUAUCGCUAUAGGCAAUGCGCUGAUCGACAUGUACUCCAAAUCGGGAGUAAUCGGAGACGCUAAACGGGUUUUCGAUGACAUGGCGGAGAAAAAUAUUAUUUCGUGGACUUCGUUGAUUACGGGUUACGGGAAAAACGGGUGCGGCGACGAAGCAGUUGCACUCUGUGUAGAGAUGGAAAAUAAAGGGUUGAAGCCAAACGGCGUGACUCUUUUGUCUAUUCUUUUUGCUUGUAGCCAUAACGGUUUGAGUACACAAGGAUGGGAAUGGUUUAGGAGUGUCGUUAAGCAAAACGAUAUUUUGCUAAGGGCAGAGCAUUAUUCGUGUUUGGUGGAUGUUCUUGCGCGUGCGGAUUGUUUGGAAGAAGAGUACGGUUUGAUACGUGGAAAGAUACCUAUGGAUAUUGAUGCCUCGGCUUUGGGUGCAAUGCUCGGGGCGUGCAGUGUUCACGUGAAUGUGAAUUUGGGAGAAAUUGUUGCGAGGCGGUUAUUCGAUUUGGAGCCUGGGAAUGCGGUUAACUACGUGGUUUUAUCGGGUAUUUAUUCUGCAGCUGGUAUGUGGAGAAAUGCUAUGGAGACAAGGGUGCUGAUGGAGAAGAACAUCACUGCCAAAUAUCCUGGAUACAGCUCAUGCCAAUAAAAUUAAAUCAAUUAUUAACAAUCACCCGGUGUUAAUAAUCGGGUGUAGCAUAGAAAUUUGCCAAUUAGUUAGCAUAUUCAGAGCGGAUUGUACAUAAAGAAAAAUAAAUUGUACGUAUAGUUGGGUGUUGUACAUUAAAAUUCAAUUUCACGUCUCAUUGAUU